AUGCCUUUUAAAGCCUUUGAGACCUUCAAGGAAAAAUUUCUGAAACCUGGGAAGGAAGGAGUGAAGAACGCCGUGGGAGAUUCGUUGGGGAUUUUACAAAGAAAACUUGAUGGGACUAAUGAGGAAGAAGAUAACAUUGAGCUGAAUGAAGACGGACGGCCUGUGCAGGCAUCCAGGCCAAGUCCCCCAUUCUGUGACUGCCGCUGCUGUGGCAUCCCCAAGCGUUACAUCAUUGCCAUCAUGAGUGGGCUGGGCUUCUGCAUUUCCUUUGGGAUUCGGUGCAAUCUUGGAGUAGCCAUUGUGGAAAUGGUCAACAACAGCACUGUAUAUGUCAACGGAAAACCAGAAAUUCAGACGGCACAGUUUAACUGGGAUCCAGAGACAGUGGGCCUGAUCCACGGAUCUUUCUUCUGGGGCUAUAUUGUGACACAAAUUCCAGGCGGUUUCAUUUCAAACAAGUUUGCUGCUAACAGGGUCUUUGGAGCUGCCAUCUUCUUAACAUCAACUUUGAACAUGUUCAUUCCUUCUGCGGCCAGAGUGCAUUACGGAUGUGUCAUGUGUGUCAGAAUUUUGCAAGGUCUAGUGGAGGGUGUGACCUACCCCGCCUGCCACGGGAUGUGGAGUAAGUGGGCACCACCAUUGGAGAGAAGCCGGUUGGCUACAACCUCUUUUUGUGGUUCCUAUGCAGGGGCAGUGGUUGCUAUGCCCCUGGCAGGGGUGCUAGUGCAGUACAUCGGAUGGUCCUCCGUCUUUUAUAUUUAUGGGAUGUUUGGGAUCAUUUGGUACAUGUUCUGGCUGCUGCAGGCCUAUGAGUGCCCAGCAGCUCACCCAACAAUAUCCAGUGAGGAGAGGACGUAUAUAGAGACAAGCAUAGGAGAAGGAGCCAACUUGGUUAGUCUAAGUAAAUUUAAUACACCAUGGAAAAGAUUUUUCACAUCAUUGCCGGUUUAUGCCAUCAUUGUGGCAAAUUUUUGCCGAAGCUGGACCUUUUAUUUGCUUUUAAUAAGUCAGCCUGCUUAUUUUGAAGAGGUCUUUGGAUUUGCAAUAAGUAAGGUGGGUCUCUUGUCAGCAGUCCCACACAUGGUGAUGACGAUUGUUGUACCUAUCGGAGGACAACUGGCUGAUUAUUUAAGAAGCAGAAAAAUUUUGACCACAACAGCUGUCAGAAAAAUCAUGAACUGCGGAGGCUUUGGCAUGGAGGCGACCUUACUCCUGGUGGUUGGCUUUUCCCAUACCAAGGGGGUGGCUAUCUCCUUUCUGGUGCUUGCUGUAGGAUUUAGUGGCUUUGCUAUUUCAGGUUUUAAUGUCAACCACCUGGACAUUGCCCCUCGCUAUGCCAGCAUUCUUAUGGGUAUCUCAAAUGGAGUGGGGACCCUGUCUGGAAUGGUCUGUCCCCUCAUUGUUGGUGCGAUGACCAAGCACAAGACUCGUGAGGAAUGGCAGAACGUGUUCCUCAUAGCUGCCCUGGUGCACUACAGCGGUGUCAUCUUCUAUGGGGUCUUUGCUUCUGGGGAGAAACAGGAGUGGGCUGACCCUGAGAAUCUCUCUGAGGAAAAAUGUGGGAUCAUCGACCAAGAUGAAUUAGCUGAGGAGACAGAACUCAACCACGAGACUUUUGUGAGUCCUGGAAAGAAGACAUCCUAUGGAGCCACCACCCAGAAUUGUGAAAUUCAGAGGAGGGAAUGGAGGGGUCAGAGAAGAGUGACCCUUGAUGAAGAAGAGUUGACCUCCUACCAGAACGAAGGACGAGACUUCUCAGAUACAUCCUAAUGCCUGAGGGACACUUCCACCUUGUGCUCACCUUAGGACCAGAAAGUAUCCAUGCCUAUUGCUUUCCCCAUAGCUGCUCUUGCCAGAGUAUGGGCACACUGGAGGUAGGAGGGUGAGGGGAGGAGGUCGAAUCAGCAAUAGAGUGGGAUGUCAUCUUGUAAUGAUACUCAUGGGGUGGAGCUUGUGUUCAGUUGGUAAAAUAGCUGAUUACAUUUUUUUGGAUUUGCAAUUGAUUCAUCUCCCAAAGAGGAAAACUUGUUCAGAAAGAGUAAGGAAGAAAAUACUAUGUUGAUCAAAGAGACUCUGAAGGAAGUGGGAAUAUUUGUCCUGCAGGAGAGUAAACAAUAUUUGCUACCCCAUCUUAACUGUAGAGGUACAGAGGGGGCUCCCUAUUCCUAAAAACUCUGCUGCUUUUGGAGGCCCUGUGUUGUGCCAGGUGCUUUAUAAACAUUAUUAUUUGAUCUCCAUUGCCCUAUGACAUCUAUUUCUUAUCCCUAUUUUUAACUAAGGGAACUAAACCAAUACGAGAUUAAUUUGCCUAGGGUUAUUGCACCAGGGCCAAUGCUGUAGCCCCAGAAAAAUAGCAGUUUUAGAGACAAAGAUUUCAGCUCAGUAGGAAAGAUAAUUUUAAUAAAGAAAAUUGAAACUGGAAUGAGUUGUCUUGUGGAUAAUCUAUUUUUUGUCAGGUAUAGGGGAUGAAAAACAUGAGAUUGAUAUGGAGGAGAUUAUUAUUUAAACAUUGUCUAGGGGGCUGGACUCAAAGACCCCUAGGGUCUUAAGCAUUAUCUGAAAAGUCACAUGAUUUCAUGAGUUCAUAGUUUUUUUUAUAUAAUAAGAGUCAUUAUCUUAUUCAAACUGGUUUAAAAAUGUGAAGCAAGAUAGCCAAAUUUCUUGAAAUCUGAUGAUCAGAAUGGCAGAAAAGAAGUAAGCAAGGGAUUAGCUACUAAAUUUCAACUCUAUAGUUAUUCAACAAUGUUAAGGUUAACUAUCGUCCCAAAUUACUCAUAAUUACUUAUAGUAAUGACAUUUAAUAAUUUAAGAAGUAGGUUUCUGUGUUUCAUUAGGUAAAAUUUUCAAGUUUUCUGUUAAAACAUGUCUGCUCUUUCUGCUGAUGAUUAUAUUAGGAAGUAUGAUCAAAUUAUUCAAAACUAUGACUGAGGUAUACUUAAUGUCUCUAUUUGGGAUGAUAUUCAGGGAAGCUGCAAUAAUACAGCAAUAGUUAUAUAGAGAAUUAUUAGAAGGAAAAUAUCUGGGACAACUAGAUCCAUUGUUUGCACUGGAAAAUUCAUCUUCGUAAGGCAAUAAUAUGGAUACUCUCUAGAAAUAUUUCAAAAUAUAAUGUUGGCAUGUAAAAUAUUAUUUGAAAAUAAAGUUAUUUUCUGGUUAAUUUGUUUUAAAAUUUUAUUUCUACAUUUAAAAGAAAAAUUAAAUAUUGUAGAAAAAUUAUAAACUUCUAGUUUUAUCAUUGUAAAGUGCUUUUUCUAAUUUCUUCCAUUUAUAUGUUUCUGGUACCUGUUGUGACAGUGAAGUUGUGGCAUAUUUUAUAAAAAGGAUAAUCAAGAAAAAAGAAUUUCUUGACUAUGAAACAAUAUUUGGUAUAUAAUUUAUAUCAUAAGACAUCUUUAGGUCCCUUUAAUGAAUGAAUCCAUGUAAGUCCCUUAGAAUAGUUUCUGGCAUGUAGAAAGUGCUCAUUAAUAGCUCAUAAUCAGUAUAUUUGAACAAUUUGGGGGCAUUUUUCAGUUAGAAAGAAAGCAUGCUAUGCCUUUUCCAUCCAUUAGCUACAGAAUUUACUGUGAAAGUCGUGCUGUUUUCUAAGUAAAAAAAA